AUGGAUAUUAAAGGAAAACUUCGAUCAUCUUUCCAAAAAUGUUGGAAAUGGUUUAAUAAAGAACAUAUAUAUUAUAGAUUAUUUUGGGGCGUUGUAAUUAUCAUUUCGGCAUGGAAUAUAAUAUGGAUAUUUUUGUUGACUCUAACACGUUUCUUUUCGGAUUCAAUAAGUAUUGGCAUUGAGACAACCUAUCUACGUUGGAACAAUACAUUUCCGGCCGUCAGUUUUUGUUUGACCAAAAAUCGUUCCAGUAGUCGUGUUAUGGAAUUUGUAAAAACGGAAAAUAUAACACAUAAAGUGUCGGCAACAAAUUAUGUUAAAAAUCUUCACGAUUAUAUGUUUACAAAUCCGAAUCAUAUACAUUUUAAGGAAGAUUAUUGUGAUGGUUUGAAUAGUACUUGUGGUGUGGAUAUAUUAAGAGUGAGAAAAGAGCUUUUACCCAAAUCGUGUGAGGAUUUUAUGACAAAUAUUUCAUUUCGAGGAAUGUUGUACGAAAAUUGUACGGAUAUUUUUACAUUUCAUGAAUUGGAGAUGGGUUACUGUUAUUUAUCUAAUAAUUUAAUUGACUAUGAAUCAGUUAACAAUUUACCUUUAAAAUUUGAUAUAUCACAUACCGACAAGAGCAUGAAAAUAUAUUUAAGAGGUGGUUUCUUAUGGAAAUAUGAAAUGUACGUACAUAGUCCCGAGGAUUUGCCUUAUUUCAAUUCAAUUACAUAUGAUUCGUUUUCGGAUCCUACCGUAUAUAGAUUCAAUGUUGAGGAAUAUGAUAAUAAUCCAGAUGUUAAACAUGAAUCGAUAAAACAGAGAUCAUGUAAAUUUCCAGAUGAACGAGAUCCUGGAUCACCAUGGCAUUAUAGUUUCUCAAAUUGUAUGUCUUAUUUAAGAAUACAAUUCGAAUUGGAGAAAUGUAAUUGCACUCACUAUACUUCACCCAAAAUAUUUAAAUUAAGUUUUCAAUAUUACGUUAUGAAGUGUUUUUUAAUAAUCCCUAUUUUUAACAUAAUGACUGGUGUAGGGUAUCAUAUGGUCGGCUAUGUCCGGCUAUUCGUUCAUAAUUGUUCUUUUUUAACAGAUAAAUCACAAUAUUGCGAUAUUAAGGGUUUAAAAUGUAUUGAAGAAGCUCAAAUAUCUACUCAAACAAAGGAAUAUGUGGUUAAAAAUAAUGCAUGUUAUCCGUCUUGUUUGGAACAGCAAGUUACAUUAGUUGGCUCUAAUGAAAUUGGAAACAUGGAAAUUCCCAAUAUGUUUUAUGUUGAAGUAAGUAUAACAAAUUUACCCACUGUACGUUAUAAUCGUGUUGUUACACAAACAUAUUUGGAUUUAGUAGUUUCAGUUGGAGGCGUUAUUGGACUAUUUGCGGGAGCAUCAGCUUUAAAUAUUUUUGAAAUAUUUUAUGUAAUAUUACGAAGAAAUUAAUGGUAUUGUGUAUUUGAAAGAGUUUUAUGACAAUAAAUUAAGUUAAUAAUUAUAAUA